AUAUGUGGUACCAACAAUAUAAAUCACCAAAAUUAAAAUAUAUAUAACAAAUUGAAGCAUUUCAAUUUCAUUUCUUCCUUAUCAUCAAAUUCAAUCAAAAUCCCACUUUGUUCUCCACCCUCUUCACAUGGCUCAGAAGGUGGUCCUCAAAGUUCUUACCAUGAUUGAUGAUAAAACUAGGAAAAAAGCAUUUCAAGCGGCUGCUGAUAUACAUGGUGUGGAUGCAAUAGCGGCUGAUUUGAACGAGCAGAAACUGACGGUGAUAGGGGAUAUGGACGCGGUGAAGGUGGCGAAAAGGCUGAAGAAAGUAGGUAAGGUGGAGAUAGUAUCGGUCGGACCGGCGAAAGAACCAGAACCGGAGAAGAAAGAAGAAAAGAAAGAGGAGAAAAAAGAAGAGAAGAAAGAAGAGCCAAAAGAAGAAAAGAAAGAGGAGAAAAAGGAAGAAAAAAAAGAAGAGAAGAAAUAAUUUAGUUUCCUUUUUUUUAUAAUUUUUAUUUGUAAUCAUCUAUUUUGUGUUCUAAAAUCAAAUAAAUUUGUUAUAAAAUGUGGAUGAUGAACUUCAUAUCAA